CAGUGCGGCGCUUCACGGACUUGUGUAAAGAUGGCGGUAAGCAGCAUCCGAGGCCGCCCGUCACGGAGCAGUCGGAUGCGAGGGCGGAAUGACAGCGGGGAGGAGAACAUACCGCUGGAUCUGAGCAGAGAUCCUGCUGAAAAUCUUCAGGAAAUCCUUCAAAAUGUUGCAAAGCAGCAGGGCGUCUCCAAUAUGCGCAAGCUCGGUCACCUGAACAACUUUGUAAAGCUUCUCUGCAGUGUUGGCCACUCAGAAGAGAAGCUCAGCUUUACUUAUGAAGAGAUAAUUAUUUGUCUUCGGUUAGCGUUGUUGAAUGAGGCCAAAGAAGUCCGUGCAGCUGGACUGCGAGCUCUGCGUUACCUGAUUAGAGACAGCAGUGUGCUGGAGAAGGUGCUUCGUCUACAGGUGGACUAUCUGAUUGCAAGGUGUAUUGACAUUCAGCAAAGUAAUGAGGUGGAACGGACACAAGCUCUCAGACUGGUGCGAAAGAUGAUCACUGUGAAUGCACUGCUGUUUCCUUCCUCUGUCACCAACUCCCUCAUCGCCGUGGGCAAUGAUGGGCAGCAUGAACGGGAUCGUAUGGUGCGGGCCUGCAUCGCCAUAAUCUGUGAGCUCUCCCUGAAGAACCCUGUUGUGGUGGCACAGGGGGGUGGUCUCAGUACCAUUCUGAAGAGCGUGACCGACUGUCAGCUGAGUCGCAUCAAUGAAGCUCUCAUCACCACCAUCCUGCACCUCCUCAACCACCCGCACACUCGGCAGUAUGUCCGCUCUGACGUUGAGCUCGAGCAAAUUCUGGCCCCGUACACAGACUUCCAUUACAGACACAGUCCUGGUGUAGCAGACGGGCAGCUUAAGGAGGACAGGGAGGCUCGAUUCAUGGCCAGUAAAAUGUCUAUAGUUGCCUCAUUUCGUUCAUGGUCAGGCAUCAUUACCCUCUGCAAGUCAGGCAACUCUGGAAUCCAGUCUCUUAUUGGCUUGCUCUGUAUACCAAAUAUGGAAGUGAGGAAAGGUUUAUUAGAAGUGCUGUAUGACAUCUUCCAGCUCACUGUACCUGUAGCGACUGUAGACUUCAGCGAAGCGCUUACCAGUGUAGACCCCAGCAGAUUUCAGGAUAGCUGGAGGUUGUCUGAUGGCUUUGUUGCAUCGGAAGCAAAAACAAUCCUUCCACAUCGAUCCUGCUCAAGGCCAGAUCUGAUGGACAACUAUCUGGCUCUGGUGCUUUCUGCUUUCAUCAACAGUGGACUGCUAGAGGGUUUAGUUGAGGUGAUCACAAGCAGCGACGAUGUCAUAUCCAUACGGGCCACUAUCUUAUUAGGACAGCUGCUCCAUAUGGCCAACACCAUCCUCCCUCACAGUCACAGCCACCACCUGCACUGCUUACCCACCCUCAUGAGCAUGGCAGCUUCCUUUGACAUCACUCCUGCCAAGAGACUACGUGCGAGUGCUGCAGUCAAUCAUCUGAAGUGCUUCCAUGAGAAGAAGAAGCGAGGACCCAAACCUUACAGUCUCUACCUGGACCACAUCCUGCGGACAUCAGGGGCGUCUCACUACUGUCGAGACCAGCAUUUAAAACUUAACAGAGACAUUUUUAUCAUCAAGGACACUGAAGAUGCCUUGAUGUCAACUCUGAGAGACAGCCACAUCCUCAACCACAAGGAUGGCCUGGACUGGAACUGGUGCCUUAUUGGAACCAUUUUAAAGUGGCCACAUGUUAGUCUGCGCAGCAAUAAGGAUGAACAUAUGCAUACAUUUGUGCGAAGGCUGCUUUUCUUCUAUAAACCCAGUAGUAAGCUUUAUGGCAGCCUGGAGCUGGAACACCCUAAGGCCAGACAGCUCACUGUGGUUGGGUGCCAGUUCAUAGAGUUCCUCCUGGAGUCUGAGGAGGAGGGCCUGGGUUAUCUGGAAGACCUGGUGAGAGACAUUGUCCACUGGCUGUCCUCCUGUUCUGGUCUUAAACCUGACCGCAGUCUGCAGGGCAAUGGGCUGCAAACCACACUCAGCCAGCACUAUUUCCUCUUCCUGGGAACCCUGUCUGCCAACCCACAUGGGGUCAAGAUGUUGGAAAAGUGUAGUGUUUUCCAGUGCUUGUUGAACCUGUGCAGUCUGAAGAAUCAAGAACACCAAAUGCUGAAGCUAACUGUCACCACGCUGGACUAUAGUCGUGACGGACUCGCUCGUGUUAUUCUGUCCAAAAUUCUCACAGCUGCUACAGAUUCCUGCAGGUUGUAUGCCACUAAGCACCUGCGGGUCCUACUGCGAGCAAACGUGGAGUUCUUCAGUAACUGGGGCAUCGAGCUGCUGGUCACUCAGCUUCACGAUCGUAACAAGACCAUUUCAGCGGAGGCACUGGACAUACUGGAUGAAGCCUGUGGAGACAAGGCCAACCUUCAUGCACUCAUCGAGAUGAAACCUGCUCUCACACACCUGGGGGACAAGGGUGUACUCCUGCUGCUAAGGUUUUUAUCGAUUCCGAAGGGUUUCUCCUAUCUCAACGAGAGAGGCUACAUCACUAAACAGAUGGAGAAAUGGCAGAAGGAGUAUAAUCUAAAGUAUGUGGACAUGAUAGAGGAGCAGCUUAAUGAGGCCCUGACCACGUACCGCAAGCCUGUAAAUGGAGACAACUACGUACGCCGCAGCAACCAAAGGUUACAGAGGCCCCAUGUUUAUCUUCCAGUGCAUUUGUACGGUCAACUGGUUCAUGAUAAGACUGGCUGCCAAUUACUUGACACUCAGAAUGUGCUUCUGGAUUUAAGCUAUACUGUCCGAUCUCCAACUCUGGACAGAUGGGAGGGCAUCAAACAACUGAAGGCUGCACUCUGGGCUUUGGGGAACAUCGGAUCAUCCAACUGGGGUCUGAACCUGUUACUGGAGGAGGGGGUGAUCCCCGAUAUAGUAGCUCUGGCAUAUCACUGUGAGGUGCUCUCCAUCAGAGGGACAUGUCUGUAUGUGCUGGGUCUCAUGAGUAAGACGAAGCAAGGCUGCGAGGUGCUGAAGCAGCAUGGCUGGGACGCUGUGAGGCAUAGCCGUAGCACCCUGUGGCCCGUGGUCCCGGAGGAGGUGGAGCCACAACCCAAACCCUACACUCUGCUGUCCUCUGUCCCUAGUACCCUCAGCCUUUCUGAGUCCAACAGCUCCAGGCACAACAGUGACAGUGACCCAGUCCAACCCAGUGCAUAUACACUUGACGAUGAGAGGCCUGAAGGCUGUGAGUUCUCUGAAGAGUCUUCUUUGUACAAACUGAUGAAGGACCAAAGUUCAAUCACCGCAUUGGCAUCCAGCCGCUUCCGCAAUCGCCUCAUCCAUUCUCUGUCUCUCCCUGGAAGAAAGCCUCGCACCACCCCUUACCCUAAAUACACCAGCCAAGGCCACACAGGAGUUCUGAAUGGAAAACAGGAGCUUAAACACUCGAAUGCAGAGCCUAGCAGCUACUCUUUUGGAAAUACUGAUGUUUUGCCUACGUCCAACAAUGGGUGUCUGUAUAAGAGCCCCUCAGUUGGUAAACAAAGCACCUUUAAUGGGACCAAGACCUCAGAGAAUAGUGGGAGCACUCCCAGCAUUGGGGAGGGAGAAAUAAACGGGUCAGGGAUCCAGACCGUAGAGAACCACAGAGAGCAGAGCAGCUAUGAGCGUUUAGCUGAAGACGGGCCCUCAACAGGAAGUGGAGCUCGUUUUAAAAGCCGUAGCCAGAGCUUUAACACAGACACCACCACCAGCGGCAUCAGCUCCAUGAGCUCCAGCCCCUCCAGAGAGACCCUACCCUCCAACAUUGACACUGACUGUGUCAGCCUCAACACUGUGAUAAACGCCCAGACUAUCCAAAACAUGCACAUCCAGACGCUCCAUCCCCACUCCACUAUGCGGUCUAUUCCCAAGUCCUGCUCGGCUUCACUCGUACCUCCUGGCUCAUCACAUACUUUACCCCGCAGAGCCCAGUCUCUCAAGUCCCCCUCAGUGACAACCCUGAGCAGCUUAGCCGACUGCACCCUCAUGUACUCAAGCUCCAGGGAUGCACUGGGAUACACUACACUCAAGUACUCCCACUCCCACAAUGGCUGCACCAGUCCUCGUGAUGCUCUGGGCUACGCCACCCUCAGGAGGCUCCAACACCAGCGCAUCCAGCCGUCUCUGUCCCACAGCGAGGCCCUGGCCUCCCCUGCCAAAGAUAUCCUCUUCACUGAUGCCAUCACCAUGAACACAGGCAGUUUGGACUCCAGACUCACCUCACGGAGAUUCCUGAAAGCACUGAGUUUUGCAUCCCUGGAUAAAGAAGACCUGCUGAGCCCAAUCAACCAAACCACUCUGCAGCGCUCCUCUUCAGUUCGCUCCAUCGUGUCCACUGCCACCUAUGGCUCCUCUGAUGACUACAUCGGCCUUGCCUUGCCUGUCAACAUCAGCAACAUGUUCCAGAUCAAAGAAACCCCAUAUUUCCAAAAGAGGACUAGCCCGCCUUCUGAAGACCGCUCUGCCAAAUUCUUCUCUGGAGAUUCUGACAGUCUCACUGAUGGAGGUCGGCCGGCAAGGCUCCGCUCUCAGCUCAGUAUCACAGAGCUGAUGGCAGUGAGUCGGGCGGAGCAGCAGCAGAUUCUGGGCUCAGAGGAGACUGGGCUCCAGGAACACAACGACAACAACUGCCUGUACUGCGUCGGAGUGUCUGUAUUGGGCUUCAGCUCUCAAAACAGCAACCCAGAUCUUACCGAGGGAACGGCCUUUUCAGAGUGGUGCACUCCACCUGCAGCAAACCACAUGGAGGCCAUGGCCCAAGCCAAUUUGUCAGGGGUGUCGGGAUGCAGUGAUACAGUGUCCCAGGAGUCUGCAGGUAGUGGGCGCAGCACAGAGCUAGUUUUAGGAGUGAAGUCCAUUCCAGAAGAUGCUCCUGCUGGCAGGGUCCUGCUGAGGAAGGAGGUGCUUCGUCUCAUCAUUAAUCUCAGCUCCUCUGUUGGGACCAAAAACCAUGAGACCAACCUGUUAACUAUCAAGGAGAAGUUUCCAUAUGCGUUUGAUGACAUCUGUCUAUACUCUGAGGUGUCCUACCUGUUGGCUCACUGCAUGUUUCGACUCCCCUCACGCCGCUUCAUUCAGGAACUCUUCCAAGAUGUGCCAUUUGUACCUAUGUAUGAAGAGGCAGAGAGCAUCCUGUCCAUGCCGCCACCAAAAACCUCCACUCCCCACUGUGACACUUGAUUUACUCUUUCACUUCUGGCCACUGGAGCCUGACUCAUUGUGAACCCAGCCCGUCCAGUCACUGACCUCCUCCCCCUCAUGUCUCCUCACUCUCCAAAAAAUACCUAAAACCAACCACAAAUGUUUUCUUACUGCAUCAAAUGAAAUGAGCCAACAACAUCUGUUACAAAGAUGGAGACGGUGCCAGAUGAGGGUAGGUAUUCUUUCCUGAACAUCACUAAUGUGGUGAAACAAAAAACACAAGAAGCAGCUCAGCGUUUCCCAAAGUGGACUAAUACUAAAGAUGAUGAUGUGCCAAUAGAGCUUCUAUGCUUUUGAUAUACUAAACACCGAACUCCUCCUCAUUAUGAGAGAGGACAACUGUCACGGAUUAACCUGAUGUUUGCACAUGAACCAAUGAGGUAAAGCAGAUGUAAUGAAGCCAGACAAUCACUGAUCAUUAGCUACAGUAAAUGCACUUUUUCCUCCAUCUGUUAUUUUACUUAUAGCACUCACGAAAACUUACUCUAUGAUCUCAGUGAGCACUGGUUAUUUCUGUUCUUUAAUGCAGACACUAAUGGCAAAGAAUCAGAAAGAAUUUCUCUAAUACGGUAGCAAUUACUGGAGUAUAAUAGUACAACAAUGAACAAAAUUCUUUUUAUUUAUUAGUGUAGUGUCUGCUGAUACUAAAAAAAUACUUGUGCUUUAGUGAUUUGUAUUAUAUUGUUGCAAAGUCGUUGUCAACCACACUCAUGGUUGUUUCACUGAAAGUUGCACAAAAACUGAAUCAUAUCAAAGUGCGGUUGAGAUUCUUGAGAGGUACGUGAAGAAUCUGAAACAACAAAAAGCAGUGUGACGAGUACCCCUGCUCACUGUUUCACAUGUAUGUGAUAAUAAAGUUUUGGGGUCGUGUGUUUUGACUUUAUAUGAAUUGUUAACUGAACUGUUUGGAGUCUAAUAUAGAAAACAGCAGAAAGUAGUUUUAGAUAAGAGGUUAGUGGCUGCUGUUUUAUUUUUGGAGACAUUUUAUUACUCAUGAUAGAGGCGUCAUCGGUUCAGCUGACUGAUGGGAUGUCAGGCAUUUUGACAUGGGACUCAUAAAGGUCACCACUGGCUCAGACAAACUGAUGCUUAUAAUCAGAGGAUGUGCAUACCAUAGGCACCAAACAUGACAUCUCACAGAAAGUAAUGACCUCAGAAAGGUCGUUAACAAGUAAACAUGAAAGACCAAUAGUCAUCAGGCCCAGAAGGAGAUAAGUAAACACAGUACAAUAUGUUAAAAAGUGUAUGAACCUUCACACCUGCUUUUACAUGAUGAAGAAGAGUAGAAACAUUAUGUUAAUUCAAUUAUUGGAAAAUAUUCCAAUGGACUUUAAAACACAAUCAAUAAUCAACCUGAAAUUGUUGAAUUGUUCACAAUGAUGACCAAAAAAUAAAACUGCUUGUGUAUUAAUCGAUUUAUAAAGACAAAGCAAGAGAGUAAUGGCCGUAUUUGUCAUGAAAUUACAGAUGUGUAAGUGCAGAAAGAAAUUUCACACUCCCGGAGAUCUAACAUGUGGGUGUCCACUAUGAGGUCGAUCUGUGGUGUUGUCAGUCUGUCUGUAACAAUUAUUUGAUACGGCGCCGUGCUGAGCUCCAAAGUGCUUUGCUCGAGCCCUCUGUGUACAUCCUGCUUGCAGCAAACAGACAGCCUGUUCACACUGGUUUGCGCUCAGGUGUGGGAGUAUGGCUACUCUUAUUGGUGUUUUCACACAGGUUUUUAUAGCCCCUUGUCACUCUGUAUAACUCACAAACAUAUUGACUUAAUCCUGACUUUGAAAACAUUACUGGAUUUUAUACAAGCUUUGUUGCCAACAAAAAACCAUUUAAGCAUGACACAGUAUGGAAGGCGGACGAGUGAAAACAAGAAAUAGUCUCUAAUAGUGUGUGUUUUUAAAGUCGCUGUGUAAAUAAUCAAUGCAGAUGUUAAAAAAAGUCUCAGAUGCUUUUUUCUCCAUGAGCCUUUUGAUGACUCCCAUGACACUUAAGCACCUUAUCGAGUCAAACCGACCACCAGCAGUCACAGAACUGAUGAAGUUUCUAAGAAGAGUGAAAGCAUGUUUUUACGAAUGACGCUUGAAUGAAGAGCAGCAUUUAACCAGAAAACUCAAGGAUUAAUUCAUUUUUUUUACUCUAACUGGAAAAACUGCUGUCUGAGCUGCUAAUGAACAUGUGACAGUGAGAUAAAUAGAAGUGUUGACCAUGUUCUUGUUUAAAAACACUUAAACUUAAUAUUAGUGUUGUAAUUUCUAUGCAAUAUGCGUGAUUCAACAUCUGAUGUUUGGAUUGCUACAAACUAAACUAAAAAAGAAGGGUGAAGAUGUUUUAUCUUGUAUGUGGAGUUUAGCCAGCUGGAGCAACUUAUGUGUUUUGUUGCAUUAUUUCUACCCAGAAAUGAAAAUCUAAAAUCUGAAUCUGUGUUUUUUAAGUGACAUUUGGUACAGACCCUUAUGUGAGCGCAUUGAAAAGGUUCAGUCUUCUAUGAAAUGUUGUGACACAUCUGCACUUCCAACAUUUCCCUGAAAAGCUAGCUUCCAUUUUCGCUUUUGUAAUUCAGUGGUAACAGCUUCCUUUUUUUAUUUUUACUUUUCCUGUAGUAAACUGACCACUGAGCCAGCUUUUUAAUGGGACUCACACUUUAAGGAUGUUGUUGUGUGAACUGUUGUGUAUGUUUUUCUUCUCUAGAGUUUCUGUCUCAUGACGUUAAGAUUAUUUAAAGCAUUGUCACGUAAGACUUUUGUCUUUAACAGAUUUUAAGAAGAGAAUGCUAACAAGUGCAAAAAUUAAAGUGUUAUCUAUUUUCCUUCAGAAAAUAUUCUCCUGAAGUUGCACAGAUUUCUGUUUAAGUAAUUUAAUUAAUCAUAUUAAAUAAACAAUGAGUAA